GGCCGAACCAGGCCGAGCUGAGAUGCCGGAAAUCAGUCACCACGUAAGUCAAGGAGGCAAUUGUCACAUUGGGUGGAUAAGGAGAAUUAGCGUCUGCCGUUGCUGCCGCAGCUCCUUCUGCUGCCGCUGUCACCACGACGACGAGUUCUCAAUCCUUGCUCGUCUGCGUGAGGUGCACCUCGUUCAAUUCGCUGUUGGGAGUGCAGAGCAGAGCUGCGGAGUGUGCAUUGCUGAACUUUACUUGGCUGGCUGAUUCGAACGGUGGGUUCUUCUCGAAUGUCGUCUUUAGCUGUUGGAGUUUAAUUCGAGGAAGAAGCUGCUGUCUUGCAUAGAUGGCAACGCUCAACUUCCAGCAUCUGCAAUUAAGGUCUCUUAAUCAACUGCAAUGGAGAUGCGUCCACGGCGAGCUUGAUGUGAAGGACAGAAGAUCCUCUGUUGCUCUCAGUAGCACUGGAUUCAAUGAUACCAACAUCAUCAAGUCUCAACUCUCUAGCGUGCAGAAAGUUACCUCCGCCCUCGAAAAUGUGGAAAUCACGAAAACAAGUCCGGAUUUUGACCAAGUGACUGUGUCUGGUGUAAGCAAGCAAAAGGGUUCUUACUUCAAUGAUCAACAGAAACAGUGGUACAAGAUGAUGAACGAAAUUCGAAUGACAGGGGAUGCUGUUCCAGUUCUGGAGAAGCAGAGAAAAUCCAAGCAGAGCCUGACCCGAGAAGGCAUUGUUGGCACGCUCGUAAGACUCAAGCAGCUACGCGUUUGGAGGAGUAUUAUGGAGAUCUGUGAAUGGUUGGCAGAGCAAGACUGGUGGCAGUUCGGAUUUGAGGAUUAUAGCUUGCUGAUGAUGGCUUAUGGGAAGGAGGGUGAACCCGAGAAAGCAGAGGAGCUGAUGAAACGUUUAGUCACAGCCAAUCAUACACCGAACAUUGCGAUAUACACUGGUCUUAUGGAAGCGUAUGCAAGAACGAAGAUGUACUCUGAGGCAGAAGCCUUGAUGCAAAGACUAAUCAAAGAAGGGCCACCUCCCACCAAUCUCACAUACCACACGCUCAUGAAGGCGUAUGUAGAGGGCAACCGGUUGGACGACGCAGAACGGGUGUUUUCGAGUAUGAACGAUGAGGUCAAAGCAGAUGGUCGAAGCUACAAUCUUAUGAUUCACGCAUAUGGAAAAGCUGGUCGGGUUGCCAAGGCUCAUGAGCUGUACCAAGAGAUGAAGCACUUAAAGCUGAACAUUUCAAUCGUCACUUAUAAUACGCUAAUUGCUAGCCAGAAGAACUGCAGGGAUGCUGAAAGCAUAUAUCGUCAGAUGCAAGCAGCCAAUGUACGCCCUGAUGUCUACACGUACACCGGUUUGAUGAAUGUUUACGGGAAGGCUAGACGAACUGAGGCCACUCAAAAUCUUUUUGACGAAAUGGUCGCCUGCGGUAUCCGGCCAACACGGACAACAUACAACGUGCUGCUGGAUGCUUAUGCUAAAUCGAAACAAGUCGACCAAGCAGAGAUUGUUUUGAAGCGGAUGCGAAAGGACAAAUGUACUCCUACAAUACAUUCUUUUACAACAUUGGUACAUGCGUACGCGCUUGUGGGACAAAUGGACAAAGCGGAGGAGAUAAUGAGGAGAAUGAAGAGCGAGGGUGUGGCACCCAACGUUUUUACCUUCAGCACAAUGAUGAGCGGUUAUGCUGCAGCAAAGGACUUAGUUAAAAUGAUGAAGAAAUUCAAUGAUAUGAAGAACGUGGGAUUAAGACCAAACCAGGCUGUGUACACCGUGUUGAUAUCCGCAUGGGGUGGUCAGGAAGACUUCGAAGCUGUCAAAUUUUGGUUCAGGGAGAUGGUUAAUUCAGGCUUUGAAGUGGAUCAAAGGGCUAGAAGUGCCCUCAUAGUGGCUGCAAAAAAUCCAGAGCAUCUGAAGGAGGCACUAGACUUGCUAGAAGAAAAUGGUUUAUAAUAA